GAGGCACGUCCGAGUCCUCUUCCGGUGUUCCGGUACGUCUCCGCGACGGAUAUAUUUACCAGCGGGCAAACUGCUGGACUGGACCGACUGCGUUCGCUAUUCAUGGGUUUAGACGACCCUCAGAGGAAACUAAACAUGCCUUUUCGGUUGAAGCAGCUUUAAAAAACACUAACCAUGUGGAGAGUUCAAGGCUUUGUUGGAAGAGUUCUGCACCGAUAUCAUGGCAGCAACCCUCUGCGGCUGCCCCAGAACCAGGGCCAGUCUCAGGGACUGGGGGAUGCUGAGAUCAUCAACAACUCGGUUGUCCUCUCCACCUCCCAACACUCUUCUGACGGCAGCUCUCAAAAAGAGGAGGAUGGAGAGAGGAGGAAGAAACGAAGGAGCUUUCAUCUCGGCUUCGCUGAGCUUCCACGUUACACGGCCCUGGAUGCUGUGGGAUGGGGUGCUGCAGCAGUUCUCUUCAUGCAGAUCUGCAGGAGGAUCCACUCCAAGUUCUCCUCAAACUCUGAGCCCAGUCCCAUCCCCGGAGCCCUGACGGCACCCGCCACUCUGCACAAGUGUGGCUACCGCAUUCUGCUGGAGAUCUUGUCUAGACGAGAUGUCCUUCCCAGAGGGAGGACUGUGUUGUGUCUGCAGGAGGGGCCAGAGAGACAGACCCAGGCUCAGAGCAGCAGCAGCAGCAUUAGCAGUUCAGGUGAUGCCGGUCUUGACAGCAGCAGUGAGCCGGUCCACCUGACUGCUGACUGCUCCAUCUGUGACCAGCAGAGGGCGCUCCUGAACCAGGAUUGUCUCAUACCCGAGGAAUCACCGGUGUCGGCAUCCUGUCCUCUACAGAAUGAGGCCGACCGAGACAACACGGAGACGACAGACGCCAAAGACGAGGACAUGCUGUCUGAUGAGGAGAGGCUGGCAGGAGCAGCUCUGAAUCUCAGACAUGUGGGAGAUAAUAGCAUUCCUGUUAUCCUCAACAUCAUUGGUUUAGAAAGUGCCAAGAGUGAAAACUACGAGGAGGCGUUCACGUGCUUUGUAGCUGCAGCUCAGCAGGGUUACAGCAAGGCCCAGUUCAACACGGCCGUGUGCUAUGAGAAGGGCAGAGGCGUCGUCAAGGACAGAGACAAGGCGAGAAUCCAGACACUUUGCUUUCCUGAGUGUUUCCUCAUUCUGACACACAUCAUACUUACUUCCCUCCUAUGUGAGAAGCCAGUCUUGAGAGGGUUUCCGGUGUGUUUUCUGUUCCAGGCUCUGUAUCACUACUGGCAGGCAGCCGCUGGUGGUCACAGACAGGCUCAGUACCGCCACGCAAAGCUGCUGCUGACCAGCAGGGGGUGCCAGAGUGUCGAGCAGCUGAACACGGCCAUCCACCUACUGGAGCAGGCUGCUGCAGCUGGACUGAGCAAGGCUCAGGUGUGCCUGGCCUCGGUCUACACUCGGGAGUCGGUGAGAGACGGCAGCAGGUCUGUCCACUACCUGAAGAUGGCAGCAGAGAGCGGAGACAACACCGCCCUGCUCUUUUUGGGUCAGUGUUUUGAGAGUGGCUUUGGCGUACAGCAGAACCUGAGGAUGGCGGUUGAAUACUACAAACGAGCCGCUCAAGCGGGCAACAAGCAGGCUCAGAGCUUACUGACGCCUCUGGAGGAUGAACUCGGUAAGGAAGAUGCCGUGUUGCGCUGCAUCCGUUCGGCUCCAUGUUUCUCUGCAGCCGACCGGCGGCUCCAGCAGCCGCUCUCCCCUCCCUCCUCCGGUCGCCCCAUCACCCUUCCACUACUGCCUCACUCCUGGAGCACCGGGAGCCUGUGUGUCCCCCCGGCUCUGUCCUCCACCCCGCUUCACCUCCAUCCACAGAGCACUGAGGGAGGAGCCUGCCAGUGGACCGUAGGGGUCGGAUAGUUAUCCUGAGCCAGCACAGGUCCAACUGAGGAAUGUGUUUCAUAGCGGGAAUGUAUUUUAACCAAAGGAGAAAAAGGUCAAAGUGCGUUAGAUGUGUACAUCAUGUGAAGUCUGGAUUAGACUGAAUCCAUUUUAUACUUGGUCAAAUAUGUGUGUAUAGACAUUUUGUUGAAGGUGUUUUCUAAGGAGAACGAGUUGUUGGAUGUAGGUUUUUACAAUAUUAUGUGGAUGAAAUAUGGAAGCUUUUUUUUAUUAUUUGUUUCUAUACAUUAUAGAGUUUUCUGUUAUUUUAAAUUCUCCUGUGAGUCAGAAAUGUGAUCUAUGUGCCUUUGGGGAGGAUGAGAAUAUUUGGUGGGUAUUAAUCACGUGCUUUAAAUUAGUGUCAUAACGUUCAGUAAUACUGUUACUGUAUCUUUGUAAAAGAACAAAAAGGUAAAUGCUUUCUGGUAGUCCAAACUUUAUAUGAACUGAUGCACUGUGAGGAGGAUGAUGUACUGAUAAAGGCAGAUCCUGAGUAAAACCAUUAAAAAUAUAAUC